GCGGAGCACCAGUGUUGGGUGGAAAAAGAAGAGGAAGCAGCAGCGAGGAUGGCGGAGUCACUCCUCUGAAGAAGGGGAUUAACAAGACUUUGAUGAUCCUUUGAGCCUCAAGGAAUUCCAGAAGUUUUACCUAAGAGUCACAUGGUUCUAUACAGCUUCAAUGCUUAAGCAUGUGGCCCACAAAUCCCAUGGUCCAGAGUCUUCAACGGAUUUUUUACUCAGUGACAUUUUAGCAAAAAAACAUUUGAAAAGUGUUACAAAAUCUCAAGGAGAAUCAGAACCGUGUGGUCCUGCAGAGAUGUUUUCUGUAAAAGCCUGUUCACCUGUGUGUGUCAAUCUUUUUCCUAAAUAAGUAACCUAACAAGUAACUCAUGAGCAACCAUACAAGACACCCGAUAACGUCGACAUGAGUAGUACUUUAGGCAAAGAAAAAGAUUCAAAAGAAAAGGACCCUAAAAGUGGAUCGGGAGGCAAAGAAAGGGAAAAGGAAGCCAAGGCUCUUGCAGGCCUAGCAAAGGAUGGGGGCAAAGAAACUAAGACCAAAGGGAAAGAAACCAAAGAUGGAAAGAAGGACACCAGCAGCUCAACACCGGGUGUUGCUUUCUCCGUUGACAAUACGAUAAAGCGGCCAAACCCAGCACCAGGAACACGCAAGAAGUCCAGCAAUGCCGAGGUGAUUAAGGAGCUUAACAAGUGCCGGGAGGAAAAUUCCAUGAGAUUGGAUCUCUCAAAACGGUCUAUUCACAUGCUGCCCACCUCCAUCAAGGAGCUGACACAGCUGUCUGAACUCUACCUAUACAGCAACAAGUUGCAGAGCCUACCACCUGAGGUGGGUUGCCUCUCAGGCCUGCUCACAUUGGCCUUGAGCGAAAACUCCUUAACCAGCUUGCCCGACUCACUGGACUCCCUAAAGAAGCUUCACAUGCUUGAUCUCCGGCACAACAAGCUGAGGGAGAUCCCGCCAGUAGUCUACCGAUUGACAUCGCUGGCCACGCUCUACCUACGCUUCAACCGCAUCACCACAGUAGAAAAAGACAUCCGUAACCUAUCCAAGCUCAAAAUGCUCAGCAUCCGAGAGAACAAGAUAAAGCAGCUUCCUGCAGAGAUAGGGGAACUUCGAAUCCUUAUUACUCUGGAUGUUGCCCAUAAUCAGUUGGAGCACUUACCGAAGGAGAUUGGGAAUUGCACACAAAUAACCAACCUAGACUUGCAGCACAAUGAGCUUUUAGACCUCCCAGAGACUAUAGGAAAUCUUGCCAGCAUAAACCGCUUGGGUCUGAGAUACAAUAGAUUAUCAGCCAUUCCCAGAUCAUUAGCCAAAUGUCGAGAACUGGAAGAGUUAAAUCUUGAAAACAAUAACAUUUCAGUGUUACCAGAGGGUCUCCUGUCAAGUUUGGUCAACCUCACCAGCCUGACACUCGCAAGAAACUGCUUCCAGUCAUACCCUGUGGGUGGACCAUCCCAAUUUUCAACCAUCUAUUCGCUCAAUAUGGAGCACAACCGCAUAAACAAGAUCCCCUUUGGAAUCUUCUUCAGGGCCAAAGUUUUAAGCAAGCUUAACAUGAAGGACAACCAAUUAACUUCUCUGCCGUUGGACUUUGGCACAUGGACCAGCAUGGUGGAGCUUAAUCUUGCCACCAAUCAACUGACAAAAAUCCCAGAAGAUGUCUGCGGUCUGGUGUCUCUCGAGGUGUUAAUUUUGUCCAAUAAUCUUCUGAAAAAGUUACCGCAUGGUAUCGGCAAUUUGAGAAAGCUUCGGGAGCUUGACUUGGAGGAAAACAAGUUGGAAUGUCUCCCCAAUGAAAUAGCGUAUCUCAAGGAUUUACAGAAAUUGGUGUUGACAAAUAACCAGCUGACAACAUUACCCAGAGGCAUUGGCCACCUCACCAACUUGACUCAUCUGGGUUUGGGGGAGAACCUGCUGCAACAUCUUCCCGAGGAGAUUGGCACACUGGAGAACCUGGAGGAAUUGUACCUCAAUGACAACCCCAAUCUACACAGCCUGCCCUUUGAGCUGGCCCUGUGCAGCAAGUUGUCCAUCAUGAGCAUUGAAAACUGUCCUCUCAGCCACCUACCGCCCCAGAUUGUGGUUGGGGGGCCCUCCUUCAUCAUCCAGUUCCUCAAGAUGCAGGGACCUUACCGUGCCAUGGUCUGAGGACCAGCCCUCCCUCAUACCUGCUUGCCCAUCCCGUUGUGUGUGUGUGUGUCAUCCACUGUAAAGUCAGCCACCUCCCACCAUCGGUGUCGAGAGGAAAGUGGAGGAGGAGAUGGAUGGCAAAUAGAGAAAAGGGACUAUUUUUCUCUCCAUCGUUGGGGCAGACACACGGACACACAUUCGAGACUGCAUUGCUCCACUUCAUUACGGUCUUUCACGGACCCUCAUCACCCCACGCUCAUCUUCCCAUUUCAAAUCGUACAGGAGGAAAAAAUUCCAAACUCUUUGCCAAAACUGAAGAUAUACGAAUUUCUAUAUUGAGUAACUGUGAGCUAAGUGGCAAGUCUUUUAAUCAUAUAAACCGUGCUCCCAUUGCCAAUGUAUUUACAGUAAUUAAAAGCAUCUGCUAUGUGAGCGAGGAUACAGCUAUAUGCAAAAAAAAAAAAAAAAAAAAAAAGUCUUUGGAUCGUCACAUUUACUGCUGCUGCCAUAAUUUAAAGGUGUCAUUCUUCUUUUGAUGUUUUCACUUCUGACAUAAACCUCGCUCUCUUGAGAUGUUAAUUGCUUCUUGACCACAGAGAACAAAGGUCUAAUGAUGGUGUGUUUAUACUUUUUUUGUACUUCCUUUUGUUUUAUUUUUUUGUUU